ACAUGUUUAGGGAGCAGUGGAUAUGAAUUUAUGAUUGUUGUGGUGUUUACCCAAAGCAAAAGAAGGACACAAAAGUGAGUCUCGUGGAUUGAGGGUUGUGGUUGUAAUAUAUUUCUCCGUUUCCAUAUUCUUCUCAAAUGUAUAAUUUAGGAAUUUAAGUGUCAACUAGAUUUUUUAUUGAUCUAUAUAAAAAAUAAUAUUUAUGUGAGAUUAUUGAUAAAUUUGUCUCAAUAUAUAUUUUUAAAUAUUAACUUUUUAUAAUUUUUUAAAAACUCACAAUUAAAAUUAUUUGACGUUUAAAUUUGCAUUUGCGUUUAGAUCAGUAUAAUAAAGUACUCAAAAAGUCAAAAUGGGUCGAGGCUGAUUAAGAGCACUCUUAAACAUAAAUUUGUGGCUUUGAUUUGUAUUUGAGAAAGGGCAACAACAGUCAGAUUUGUGGUGAGUUGCCAUUCUUUCCCCCUUUCUCCGUUUGUAUGAGAUGGCAAGCUUUUAUCUCCAAGGCCCGGCUAUUUUUAGAAGCAUUUCCGUGUCUGCUUCAUCUAAUGGGGUCCCCUCAUCAACUCAGCAAGGCGGGCCGGUAUUUUUGGAACUCCCAUUGGAUAAAAUACGGAGACCCCUAAUGCGUACGAGAGCAAAUGAUCCUCAAAAGGUCCAAGAACUCAUGGAUAGCAUUAAGGAAAUUGGUCUUCAAGUCCCUAUUGAUGUUCUUGAGGUUGAUGGGGUAUUCUAUGGGUUCUCUGGCUGCCACCGAUACGAGGCUCAUCAGCGGUUAGGACUCCCAACCAUCCGCUGCAAAGUUCGGCGUGGAACAAAAGAAACCUUAAGGCAUCAUCUUCGAUGAACCCCAUAGAGUAAUCUUCGUUCUCAGUUUCGAGCACUGUCAUAUGCUUCCAGUAAAGUCGAACGAAAUCAAGAGUUUAAAACAGCAAUGGGCAGUAUUUCAUGCAGCAUUGCUUUGCUCUUAGAAUUAUGCACCAGGCACCAGGCUUUGUCAUGUUAGAACUCCUAUUCAUCCUAAGGGAUUAUGCACACAUAUCUAAAGCUGUUGUAGCAAUAUCUUACCUUUCUCUAAAUGGAACUGUAAUGUAUAUUAUGUUUUUGCAAUGUUGUAAUCCCUCGGUUUGACAUUAUUGCUCGCCUAAUAAACUAUAUAUUUUAAUAACUUUUUAUCGUA